AUGCCUAAAACCGAAAAUGAAGCUUUGGUUGAAGUUCGAGCAGUGUUUAUCAACUGCGAGACAAGUGUAUACGGGCUGUACAACGACAUCUCACGGUUCCAACGACAGGAGCUGUUCAAACAUAACGCUCUGCGCGACUGCAGCAAAAAAUUGGCGCUGACUGUCAAAAUGACCAGCGAUCCGCUAGUCAACAUGGUGGAAUCCGUUAAUGCUCAACCUUUAAAGGAAAAUCCAGGUGACGAGUACCUCCCCAUCGACCACGUGUUCGAGGGUACGGACCGGAAGCGUGUGCGUCUGCUAAACCCAUACAUUUUGCGGCUUCGUCGUGAGUCUCCACGACAAGCCUACAAACUUCGCCGCAUCGACACGAUCAGCGGCUUUUUGACUAAUACAGAUACAAAGAAAGGGGAUGACAAAAGAAGUUCCAAAAAGCAAGUUCGCUCACGGCGAGACAUGGACGGAUCGGAAGGUGACGAAUAUGCCUUGAUGCUAGGAUCCGCCGCGUCUGUCUUCACACUGGAGCAUGAGCACCCAGGCAGGCACAGCUACUCCGUACGUAUCGGCCGGCUGCAGGAACUGAUCAAAAGCCCACCCAGCACACCUGAAGUUAGCGAUCAGCUCUCCAAAGACUGUGUCUCAUUUCCAGAGAAAAGAGAUACAUGUCCAAAAGACAACGAGACGUUGCUGAUACGAGAUAAGCGGCAUAAGACGAACGAGGAAGUUGUAAUACCUAGUAAAAUACCCAGAACGCAAAAAGAUCGCCAUUAUCAGAGACGUGAGGAAGAUAUUCCUAAUGUUGACUAUGAUAUGAACAGUGUUGGAAAACUCAAGCAUGCCAAUCUAGAAACUAGGCCGAUAGAAAAUAAAAAGAAGGAGAGGAGUCGACAUGGUGACGCUCAUUAUGGGAAUGUUAGGUCCAAAGUUAACAAUACUAGGGAAGAUUCUGAUAAAGAAAAACGCGUAAGUGACGAUGUGAAGCGCAGACAACGCAAAGAUAAAGCACACGAAGAAAAGUCAAAUUAUAAAAGCAGUCGUCAUAUUCCUGAAAGCGAUUUUAAUUUGUAUGAAAUUGGAGCGCCUUACUUAUGGUACAACGUAAAAGUACAACUUUUUGAAAAACUCACUACGCCCGAAGGGAAAACUGUAUGGAACGACUUGACAAAAGGAUCGGAGGCGAGUGUAAGCUCAUCUACCCCAGAGUGGAAGGGUCCCGAUCUGAACGUACGGUACCGCUCUGCAGAGUGGGUUCCGCGGGAUGACUUCACGCUCCCGACUAUUGAUCUUUGUCUCCUAGAACCGUAUCGCGAUGAUAAUUUGACCUUCACUGAUGAUGAUGAUAUACCCAGUAGAAAUAGUCAUGAAAACUACAUAGUUGUGCCGGUUGAAGAUAUCAUCGGACUUGAAGAUAAAAUAAAGUUGAAGAAACGUUAUGAAAACGAAUCUAGUACGACUGAAAUAGAUCCGUCCAACAUGAAUGAAGAGAGUCACCGUCGAGUAGAAGUGCGUGUGUCGCGAGCGAUAUUCGGCAGUAGCAAAGAGAGCUUCGCCGUGUCGUCAUCAGGAGACGAUCGCUUCCUCACUCUGCCAUUCCACCGGCCUCACCACGCUCAGAUCGACUUGGAAGUAAGAGCUGAUGACAACCAGCUCGUGCGAGUCGGAUCAUCAGCACGUAUCUCGACUAUCGUGGCAGAUAACACGCGAAAGAAACGUACAACAUUAACUUUACAAGCGACUAACACGGGCUUAGCAUCCGCACGAUUCAAGGCCGUGGCUCGCGAAUGUGGACCAGAGCUGACUAGUAUGAUCAGCGCCAAAGGUAAAGAGGAGAUCAGCGCGGGCCCAAUCUUACUGCCGCCACAGCACACAAGAAGGCUUCACUUAGAUGUUCCGUUUGAAGUACCUGUGGACAUCACACACUGCAACGUGGCAUUAGUAAACGACGACGAAGAAUCAGUGGCGGUUCGAGAAGUGACUAUCCGUAAAGGCGAUAGAUGUUUUUGCGUCUGGCAUUGCGACUGCGUUUGUCUAAGCGAAGACCCGAAGCUGCUGUGUCGUGAAAUGUCGCAGUCGCAGCAGGUGGCGGCGGGGCUGUCGACGGCGGGGCGGCCGCGCCACGCGCGCUCCGUCUUCUACAACGACGACUGCAGCCUCAACAUACUCGCCUGCAUCAUCGGCGUCUUUAUUUUCUUGGCUUUAUUGAGUCUAAUCAAAGCGUCUGUAGGUCUUUUAUGGCCAAAGGCACAAAAUGCCGGCAUGACACUGGUUAUAAAGGAGCCGCCAGUCCUCAAGAAGUACCACGAGCCUGCUAUAGCGUGCCGUGCUGUCGAAUACGACGAUGACGGCUGGCCGAUACAUCCCGACACCAAGGAACGCACUGUUCUCAUCAUGUCCAAGGAAAAGAUGUUUAUCUUAAACGCAACUAUGUUCCUGUCUGUGCCUGGCAUCAUUUUGUUUGGACUAUUUAAAAAGUUAGGAAAAAAAUUAAAGCAUUGUGCCAAGGAACAUUACAACUACCUAUACAAGCAAGACAAGUACGCUAUGAACGCGCAAGAAGAUGUGCAGAGUGUGGAGCUGGUCCUGCGGCGGAAGCGGCGGCGGGACAGGCUCCGGAACUGGAUGACUCCCCUCGCCGAAGAGCUCACUAAAGACGUCUUCCAAGAAGGACUCACAGCUGGCAGUUGCCCAAACGAAUUACGACCACUGCUACACGACCAGAGUAUGGCUAGCAAGUCCGACAUGUUAUCCUGCGGCGACUCGGAGCAGGACGACACAGACUACGUCCUGAUGCAAAUGCAAAAGAGCCGCGAAUCUCUUGCGAGAAGCCAAAAGAAGAUAACCGAGUCCGCACUUUCAUCCGAUAGAAACCUUUCCCAAGCGAAAGACACGAGUACAAACAAACGUUGAACGAGAUUUUGAUAUACCUACCUACUAGGUACCUAGUAUUUAAUUCGUAACUUUUAUUGUUGAUGUAAU